AGCAGACAGCAAAAUGUCAGCUUUCAGAUCUGCGAACCCAUUUGAGGAAGAAGAAGAUGAUGACUUUGGUUUUGAAAAAGUAAAUAAUACUCGCUCAGCGAGUUCUGGCGAAAAUCCAUUUGAAGAUAAAAGGACUCAGAUUUUAAAACAAGUCGAUGAAUCCGAGUCCAGACAGCUUGACAGCACACGACGAGCACUAUCCAGCAUUUACGAAUCUGAAAGUAUGGGAACCGCCACUGCCGAGGAGUUACUACGCCAGCAUGAAACACUUAACAACAUUGAAACAAAAACUGACCAAAUAAAUAAAACAAUGACAGUUUCGCAAAAACAUUUAAACAGUAUCAAGAGCGUGUUUGGUGGUAUUAAAAACUGGUGGAGCAGUGAUAAAAAUAAAGAAUCAGAAAAACCCUCAGAAGAAAAACCGAGUGCACUGAAACAGACACUCCAAACACAGUAUCAGACCUCUCCAGCUCAAAGAAAAACUGUCAACACAUCAGGAUUUUAUGACGAGGAGGAUGAUUUGGAUUCCAAGUUUAUGGCCAGUGCGCCCAGAGCAAAUAAAUCUGCACCUCGACAACCAAUGUUGCAGAGAGUGACAAACAGUGCUCAAGAGGAUGAAGUGGAUGAAAAUUUGGCUCUCAUGUGCGAUGGCAUGUCGAGAUUGAAAGGACUGGCUUUGGGACUUGGUGAUGAGAUUGAACAGCAGAAUGAACAACUCGACCGAAUUAAUGUGAAGGCGACCAAAGCUGACAGUACCUUGGAUAUACAGAACAGACAAAUGAGGAAAAUUCUGAAAUGAUUGGAGCAAAUUAAGAUACAUGUACCGUUUCCCUGUAAUUUAAUCCCAUGUUGAAAUAAGAUGUUAACACAUCAAAUCUAGUCUCAGUUAUUAGUACGAGCCACUGAUUUUAACAAUUCAUCCAGGGUGUACAAUAACAGUACUACUUUGUGUAUGCAAGACACUCAGUAUUUAAUUGAUUAAUAACUAAAAACUCUCUUUCAGAAGUUGAUUUGGGGAAAUGACCAUUUGGCCUCUAACAUGAUUAUUUUGAGACUUGGUAGAGAGAUUGAGAGAGAGAGACAGAGAGAGAGAGACAGAGAGAGAGAGAGAGCUUUACUAUAGGCAGGACUACAUAUCACAGCUUUUAUUAUAUCAGUUGUGGAGUACUGGCUGGUAUUGGAAAAAACACAUUGCACCUCAGGCGAGUGCUAUUCCACUGAUCUGCAUCCCUCCCCAUGAUGUUGGUAUGUAGUUAUAAAAUCUGAAAUGAUUACAAAGCUGUAACUUAGGUCAAUUAUAGACAUGGUGACUCAUUAGUUGAUUACUCAUGUUUGACCUCAGUGUUGAAAAAAGGUAUGCCAGUCAGUUCCUAUUAGGCCUGCUUUCCAUUAACAAGAUUCUGCACGCAAUUUAUUAUGCACGUUUCCACUUACGGAAAUGUGUACAGUGAAAACCCUCUAAACCGGACACCCUUGGGACCAAGUAAAAUGUCUGGUUUCUAGAGGUAUCCAGUUUAGAGAGGUUAAGUUUUGUACUGAUUUAAAAAAAACAAACCAUUAAAAAUGUCCGAUUUGGGGGAAAUCUGGUUUACAGAGGGUCCGGUUUUGAGAGGUGUCACUGUAUUUCCAUAUCUGCGUUUUUGCAAGCGGAUUACCACACAGAAUUUGACAUAGUUAGAAUGUACUUUUAAGCCACUCUUAAACACUUCAUAUUAUGACGUCAUCUCAUAGAAAACUCAUGGUUUGAGAAAUCACUCAUUGAUCGACUUUGUUUUCCAUUUGCUGAAUGCUUGAAUGUCGAAAAGCAUAUACAUGUAUAUGGAAAAGGUACUGUGCAUACACUAUAUUGAUAAACUUGUGUGCAAUACUGCGUUAAUAGAAAAUGGACCAAAAACUGAAUAUAGGCCUGCAAAAGGUUUAUAACCUGUACCAUGUAAAAAUACAUGUAACAACUGUAUAUACAGAACUGUCUUCUUUGUUGUUGUGUUUAUGUUCACAUGCACACUUACACACACACACACAAACACACAGACAUAUGCAUGCACACUCACUGUAUCUGGUAAACAAAUGGCUAUCAGUCAUGUUACGGACGCCUGUCUCCAGACGUUGUAACAGCGAAGGUGGUGAAUUACUAAGAAAAUAUAUAUAAUAUGGUUCGACGAGCCCCCAGUCUGCAGAAAUGGCAGACGAUUAAACUAAUACUUCAGUUUAUAAUAAAUGAUCACUUCUGACUUUCUCUAAACAACAAAACCAACACAAAUCAACAUGUAAUCAUUUAAUACAUAAACAGCUAACUGUCACCAAGGUGACUUAAACUGAAUACAACAAUCUGUUGUACUGACCACUGCUCAAACUACGACACUCACUUUAUAUGUUCUCUAUACAAAUGUUCAAUGAUAUCAUCAUGUAGAUUCAUUCGGCUGAUAGGACGGUUCCCUCAGUUCAGCUCUGCGGCACUUCAAACGACAGGUAGAUAACUGGACUUCAAUAAGCUUCAGUUCUGCGACUCUUCAAUAAUAUGUUAAUCCAACAAUAUUGUCCACUGUGGACAUCAGGUACGUGGUUGUACACUCCGACCCUUUCUUCAGUCAAACAGCCGUAACGUCGCUUGGCACGGAGCUUCUAUGGAACUGCUACACCAAACCUCAGACAAGACUUUUAUGCACCAGGCAUGGUCCUUAGAGAUAUGAGGUAAUCUCACGUAACAUUAUAUAGUUCACAUUGGAUUCACAAGCACCAACCGUUUUAUGUUGGCAGUAAAUACAUUAUACGCUUGUGAAUGACACAUGAUAGUUUCUUUGACUUCCACAACAAAUUAAGCUCUCAUCAGUAGCAGAUAAAUAGAUAGGCCGCGUUCUUUCCACAGCUUUGUAAUGAGUGUUCGUAGUGAGUGUUCCAACGUUUAAUUAUUGUUAGUUGCACACAUAUGGUGGUUAGUGAGUUUAGUGUCGUUGGGAUGUUUAAACAGAUGGCCUUACACAUGAUGUCUGUCUGCUAUACAUCUGACAUCAUGACAGUCACUACAUAUUUGGUUCAUGAAAACAAACUUGUAAUUCAUUUGUUAUAUAUUAUUAAAUCUAUUUUGGGGCAGCCUAAAUGUAUACAUACUUUCUAAUCUGGAAUUAGAUGAUUCUGUGUAACAGUUUGUAGGUGAUAUAAUUACAAACUUUUUACUGUUAUACCAAAAAUUUAAGUUAUUCUGAUAGGAUGACGUCAUUUAAUUAACAAAUGUUAGAUAUCCUUCGAUAAACCUCGGAAAAUGACAUCAUAACAUGAAAUGGGAUGUCACUAAGUAAAACAGCUCAUGGAAAGGACAUUAGAAACUGAUUUAUGUGGAUUGUUAACUAAAUAAGUUGUGUUUGUAAUUAUAAGAAUUGUUUGUCAUUUUGUUGUGAAUUUAUCGAUGUAUAACAGUCGCAAAUUUAGUAUAAAAUCGCUUCAGUACUCUACACGAUUUUACACAAUUUGUGAGUGUAAAUUCACACAAAAAUUACAAACAAUUCCUAUAUAGCUGAAUUCAUCUGAUAAUGUUUUAUGUAUUCAUAAUCAAGUUCCUGUGUACAUAUUCAUGCUUCUGUCAUUCUGAAUAACUAAGGAAUUUUGUUGGUUAUGUAGUAAUAGUUAUUUAAGUUUUGUUAUGAAUUAGAGAAAUCUUGUGAGACCCCUGAGUUGUAAACAAACAAGUACAUGUAGAUUGUGUACACAGAUUAGUUGCUUAUUAGAAUAUGUUGUUUCUUACCAAGUUGGUUAUUUACAUGUUAAUAACCUAGCAUAGAAAUUUAAUGGUGCAGUAAAUGUUUUAGUGCAGUCAUUGAUAAAAAAACAAAAAGAACGCUGGUGUGAAAUGUCUUGCCUGUCAUUUACGAAGUCCAUUUCUAAUUUUUCUUUGUCCAGAAAAUCCUUAAAUCUGUUGAUACAGUGGUAUCAUUGUUUUGGCUUUGUACACAGUAAAUAUAGUAUACAUGUGUAAUAAUAAUUUUCUUAUAUAUAUUUCGUGACUUUUUUAAAGUUUUUUUUUUUUUAAUCUCGUGGGUACCCACCCAUAACUAGGAAAAUAAAAAUGAUAAUUUCUCAUUUGGUGUAACAUACUAUAUUAGAUUAAUUGGCUCUUACAUGCGAAUGUCUUUGUCAGUGCUAAAUAUUAUGUCAUCACAAUUUGGCAAACACACAGUUUACAUCUCUAUUGUCAUUGUUUAAAUUUUGUAAUAAAAUGUUAUUAUAAUCCAAUUCAUUAUAGAUUGUUUUGAACAGAACAGAAUAAAUAGAACUUCGGUUUUGAAAAUUAUC